UAAUUUUGACGAUAAGUUUAGCAGUGGACAAUAAAGCUCAUGAACAUUUCACUUUCCCACCACAAUUUCAACAUGGUAUGUUUACAUCUGAAAAGAAUCCUUACUUGCCACCUGAAGCCCAUACUCCUGUUCCAUAUUUCCAAAUGAAUGGUAUAAAUAAAUUACCAUUUCCAUAUCUCCCCCCAACGGCUACAAAAGCUCCAAUCAGUUACCCCUCACCGUUUCCAAUGAUAAUGUCCACUACCAUACGACCAUCAAAAAUCGACGACGAUGAUGAAGACGAAGAUGAAAAAUCAACAACACAGAUAUCACCACAUUUGCAAAACAAGUUUAAUCGUACUGAAAGGAUGACACCUCAAAAACUUGAAAGAAGAGCAGUAAGACCUGUACCAAAGAUAUUUCAUAAUCCCAUAGAUAGAAUAGAUACGAAACUACCUUUCCAAUUUAACUCUAACCCUGAACCUGCAACACAAGGUGGAGCCAUGCCUACAAUGGCGCCCCGAAGUAUUAGUAUAAUGGAUAUACGUGAUCACAAUAUGGAUCAGAUCAAAGCUGCAAGUUUUCCAGGUGCGCAAUAUGUGCCACAGCCGGGUAAUUUUAUCUCUUCUACAACAGAAACCGCGAUACCCAUUCUACGUUUAUCAAACGAAAUGGAUUUAGAUGGGAGCUUUAGUUAUGAGGCUUUGGGAGCAGACCAGACCCAUUAUGUACAACACAGUCGCAUGGAAAACCUUGGUACUGGUAAAGACGAACAAGUAGUUGAGGGAUCAUAUUCCUAUGUUGGAGAUAAUGGCAAGACAUAUACGGUCCACUAUAUUGCUGAUGUGAAUGGUUUUAGAGCUAGCGGUGACCACUUACCUGUAGCUCCACCUAUUCCAGAAAUUAUACAAAGAGCAAUUCAGUACAAUUUGGCGGAAGAGUCCAAAAAGCCACCGCACUUAAAGUCGUGGAAUGAGGAGCAGCAGGAAAACGAAUUAAGUGAAAGCGAAAAACGACAGCAGUUUGCUGUCUCACCGCCACGACUUAGCAGUUUAUUUACGGGGAAAACUCCUGAAUCAUUUUCGCAUAGUUUUUCACAACCACCUAACACACAAAAUAAUUUAGUAGCCGCAGCGAGUUCACAAAGUCCGGUUCAAGCCAACAUAGACUACUCCGAUCAAAUGCAAAACAAACAAAACAGUGGAACAAUUUCCCCACAAAUAACUUUUCUGGCUUCACAGGGUGCUCACGUUCCGUCUGCUAACGCACCUCAACAAACAAUUAAUAGGAUGUUUACUACUGAGAAAUCAGCUAUGCCUCAGUUGGUCAAUUAUGAAGCUAACAUGAAAGCAAACGAACAAGAAAAUAAUAAAGCAUUAUGGAGGUGGCAAUACGGCAUCAACGCUAAUGCCAACCAAAAUAUGGAGAAAAAUUCAAUUUCAAGAUCAUUCGGCGCCGAUGACAUUGUUAUUAAUUUUAACGACAUGACCUCAGAGCAGUACACUAAGAUGUUAACGCAACAUCUAGAACCUGAUGUGAAUCACCAUACUGACAACAAAAAGCAUGUUCAAAGUGUAUUCGUAAGAGAUAGUGAUUAUUACAGCGAUGAUAAAUCGAGCUUAGAAAAUAAUUAUCAAGGGUUUAAUGAUAAUUUAGCGCCAGAACCUUCUGAUAGUGGUGACGAGAACCAAUACUCUACAGUUGUAACAGUAACGAACGAUGACGAGGAAUUCACAAAUAGAUAUGACACUGAAAGAAAUAAUCUACAGAGUUCUGUUGGUCCAAAACAGUUCGCUUUUGAUAAUGAUCAAACUUCUCGGCCAAAACUUAUUACGCAACAACAAUUUGUCCCUAAGAGUCAAACCGUAACUCAAACUUACGAUUACGAAGAUGAUGAUAAUUUCGAAUCUAGAAAGACUAAAAUACUGAAUGCUUAUGACAGUUAUGAUAUGAAUUUAACAGUAUUGCCUUUAACUCAACAAACAUAUAAAACUCAAUCUAUCAACGAUACCAAAAUCACAACAAAAAUGACAGUUAGCCAAGAAACACCCACAUCACCAACCCAAGAAACCUCGCCAUCCCCACCAUCCCCACCAAGCCCACCCUCCACUACUACUACUUACUCUACUACUAUGACAAUUCCAGUUUCUUCACCAUUCAGAACCAGUUUAAGGUUCACAGAUUUCAUUGUACCUGAAAAUAGGCCAAGUUUCAAACCACUUUUUAAAUUUACCGAACCGCCAGAAAUAAGUUCUACUACACAGAGUUCUACCACAGAGUCAAAUAUCAGGCAAGCAAUUGAAGAAAAUAUUUUUUUGAAAAACCUACUUAGAAGUAACCCAAAUAAGUAUGAGGUCUACAACAGGAUAAGAGAAGAGAAUCAUAUUAAAAACCUUCAUGUCAGGCCUCAUCAGCCUAAGCCUCCAAAUGAAAUUAAAACCGCAAGCAAAAAGCCUGUGGACAUCGCUGACAUACUAAAUUACAUUAGUAGAAGUCACUUUGAAUCGAACAAAUUAAAAUUAAGUGGAUAUAAAGGGACCUAUUCAGCAGAAGAGGACGAAUUGGAGGCCGAGGAGAAUAAGAACCGAAAUUAUCGUAAUCUACCAGAACAGAAAGAGUUACAAGGAGUUAUAAAAAACUACAAAGUUCUCAAUAGAAACAACAACUUAUCAAAAGGUGAACGAUAUGUUGAGGAUGGAUUGAAAAGGAAUUUAAGUCCACCGCCUUUAAAACCUGUCAGUUUGCCACCAUUGGGGCGCGCUGGACCUUCUAUGAAAAGUUACCUGCCUCCAGUCUACGUGUAAAUAACAAAAUCCUGUGAUUAAUUUAAAUGCUUUCGUAAGUUUAUAUUUGUUUUGUAAAUAUCAAUUUCUGCAUUUACUAGGGUAAGUAUUUGAAUAAAUGUUUCACA